AGGAACCGUUUGUAGUCAAAUGUUUUAUUUGUUUUCAUGUUAUUGAAUAUUCUUAAGAAAUUAAGCUAAAGCUACGGCAGACCUCCUAUAAGAAUAUCCCGAUUCUUCUCAUCAUUGUUAUACGCUUCAUGCGUGAUCUGAGAGUCCACCUGUAUAUCGAUUAAGUGGAGCCUCUCCAGCUCUACCUUAACACUGUCAGAUUACAAAUAUGCAAGGCAGGGAGCAAUCGGACAGGCAAUGGGUUAUUGAUGUAGUGAAUGGGAAUGUCAAAUUAAACCGAGAGGAAGAGGCGGAGGAAUGGACACAUUGUUGUAUUUACAAAAUCCCGUCCUACCUCCAUGACUUCCAUGAAGGGUCCUUCGCUCCCAGGCUUGUUUCGCUGGGUCCACUGCACCACGGCAGCCCUCACCUUCAACCCAUGGAGCACCACAAGCGUCGUGCACUCCUCCACUUCCUUGAUCGCUCGAAACACUCGCCCGACGUCUACCUCAAGGCCCUCGAAGCUGUGGAGCGGAAGCUCAGGGCCUGCUAUGAGUGGCCUGAUGAGCUGCCCGUAAUGGAGAGCCCUGACUUCCUUAACAUGAUGCUGCUUGACGGCUGCUUCUUGCUUGAACUCCACCGCACCACCUCAGAUGAGGACACAUCAGGCUACACAGACGAUGACCCGGUGUUCGGCCCCAAUAGGGCGGAUUUCUUUGCGGACAACAAGACUCACGACCUGGUGCUGUUGGAAAACCAAAUCCCGUUGCUGGUCUUGCAGACUUUGUUGGACCCCUUGGGGGAACGCUCCCAGGCCGUCGAGGCGCAUAAGGUGGCGUAUGAGCUCUAUUGGAGUGAUAAGUACACUUCGAUGCAGGACAAGAGGGGGAUGCAUCUGCUUCAUGUUUACCAAAUGACGACGCCGUGGGGCGACAUUCCUGAAGUGGAAGAGGGGCUAAAAAACGCGGAGCCUUAUCACAAGAAGGUACCAUCAGCCACGGCGCUACAUGACGCAGGGGUAAGGUUCCAAGUGAGCCCGAGCGAUGGCAGCAUGGACUUCAGUUUCGACGGCGGGGUGCUGAAGCUACCCUAUGUUGUCAUUACCCCAUCUGAGGAAACCUUUCUAUUGAAUGUGAUGGCAUUUGAGCAGUUGCAUGUGGACAUGGAUAAUCCAAUAAGCUCAGUCGUUAAAUUGAUGGAUAAUCUGAUAGACACAGCCAAAGAUGUCCAACUGCUAGUAGAUUCAGGCAUAAUAGAGAAUAGGAUGGAAAGUGACCAAGAGGUGGCUGAGCUCUUCAAUCGGGUCACUAAGGGAAUGGCCUUUUUUGAGAAUUCCAACCUAAAGGGGGUGCGGACGCGGCUGAUCCGCCACUGCAAGAGGCGUCAGAAUUUGUGGAGGGCUCGCUUCGUCAACACCUACCUUCGCGACCCAUGGACGGUUAUAGCGUUGCUGGCAGCGGGGCUCCUGCUGUGUCUAACAUUGCUUCAAACUGUGUAUUCGGUGCUCAGUUAUAUUAAGUAGUUUAUUGACUGCCAUCGUUGCUCGUGAUAAGUCUUGGUAGUUGUCAGGUUAAAGUAAAUGUUUAGCUGUCGGUUUGACAAGAGUAGAGA